UUAAUAUGCGCAAAAUGACAAAUUAAUAUGAAAUGGUGUUAGUAAUUUUCUUAAUUAGUAUUCAGAGAAAAAGAUAAAAGUGGUUUCCACAAUAAUGAUAAAAAAUGAUAGCGCAUUAUUGUGUGCAGACAAAAUCUAAGACGACAAUGGAGGUGGACAAAUUUUGCCGGUAAAGUUAGUCGCAAAUCCCCUUUACAAUUAUUCACACUCCCCCUUUCUCUCACAAUUCUCCACCAAAAAUUCCAAUUCAUUCAGAUCAAAAAGAGGUAAUGGCGUCUUCUGGAGACUCAUGGAUCCGGGAGUAUAACGAAGGAUUGAAACUCGCUGAUGAUAUCACUAACAUGAUUUCUGAAAGGAGUUCAUUGCCUCCUUCGGGUACAGAGGCACAACGUCAUGCAUCCGCUAUAAGGAGGAAGAUCACAAUAUUAGGAACUAGACUUGAUAACUUACAGUCUAUCCUGUCAAAGCUUCCUGGAAAGCAGCCUUUGACCGAGAAAGAGACGAACCGUCGCAAGGAUAUGCUUGCAAAUUUGAAAUCAAAAGUAACCCAAAUGGCCUCCACAUUGAACAUGUCAAACUUCGCCAAUAGGGACAGUUUGCUUGGACCAGAAAUAAAGCCAGCUGAUGCUAUGAGCAGAGCAACAGGUCUCAACAAUGACGGUGUUGUCGGUCUUCAACGACAAAUUAUGAAAGAGCAAGAUGUGGGCCUUGAGAGUUUAGAGGAGACAGUGAUGAGCACUAAACAUAUAGCACUGGCAGUUAAUGAAGAACUUGGCUUGCAAACAAGACUUAUUGAUGACCUGGACGAACAUGUCGAUGUUACAGACUCAAGACUUCAGCGGGUGCAGAGAAAGCUUGGAAUUUUGAACAAACGCACAAAGGGUGGUUGCUCUUGCAUGUGUCUGCUUCUAGCGGUGCUUGGAAUUGUCAUUCUUAUUGUGGCAAUAUACAUGUUGAUUAAGUAUCUGUAAAUGCAAACGAACAAGUGCUUUGGAGUGCGUAUGAGAUCUUGAACCUCUCCUUCUGUCCCGUGUAAUCUGUAAUCUAUGUUUCGGUGAUUGUGAUCCACAUCAGUUUGUUGAUGCAUCUUUGAACUCGUUUCCCCACUUGAUAUGUUUUCAUAUGUAGAGAAGAAGACAUCGAAAGGAUUUUCCACAGUAGAUCAAUACUAAGUUUGAGUGAAAUUAGUGUGAGUUGCAUUUGUCAUGGAUCGAAAAAGAUUGAGGUGAAAAGGUGUUUUACUAUCAAAACUUGCACUAUGCUAUGCUUUUGUGAUUUUGGAAAUUGUAUUAUUGAACAAACACUAUGGUUUU